AUGUCACAACUACUCAACGACGACUCCAUUAUAAUUGCGCCGCCACCAUGGACUUUAAAAGUAGACGUUUAUACGGCACCCUUCUGGAUCUCUGCUUCUCAAGCUCGAAAUUUCCCAUUUGAUAUUGCUUACUCACCGCUCGAGCUAUCCUCUGAAUUUUCUGAUCUUGGGAGCAGCCGUCCUGUCGGAGGGUUUGGUGGAAUCCAAGUCAUUAGGUACAAGGAAACCCCAGUUGGCCCGUAUGAUGAGCUCGUCAUUAUCCCAGGGAAAUUCGAAUGGACCAAACAAGAUUCCAAUGACGAGCGGACGAGUGGACACUCUUAUAAAGCAACUCGAUUAUACGUCUCACAGAAGCAUACCUGUUUCAACGGCAGAACUAACUGGAAUAUACCAAAGCAUUUGGCUCGUUUCGACUGGGAAGAAGCGCCUGACAAGUCGCUUACCGUACGAGUGUAUCCUCACGACACGUUUAGUUACAAGACCGAAGCAACGGCCAGUCCGAUACCAUUUUUCCAGGCGACGAUGAAGCGAGUUCCGAUCAUACCAUCAUUCCCAUUCUCGAGUAAAUGGCUUAGUCUGGUCGGGGUUAAUCUUGAAUGUGUUCACCCACCGCUUCCCGAGGGCCGAGGUAGCCAGGGUGAGCUUCCGGGCACGGAAUCUUGGUGUGCCUUUACACCAGCGUUCAGCGGAAAAGCUGUAAGCUUAAUGACCUUCGACAUGAAGCAAUCCCGUGCGGAUGAUAAAAUGGUAUCUCAGAGGAACAAAAAUUUCUGGCCUGGGUUGGGCAGGCGGCGUGUUGGGAUAAUGAUGGAGAAUGCUACCCUAGUACUUGACAGUAGGGAAUUUUAA